AUGGCGAGCUCGACGUCCGUUCUAGACCCACGCCCAACUUCCCACUUGACCCUCAUCAAUGCCAACUCCCUGACAGCUCUACAAGGGGCCGUUACUGCCUUCCAUGGAAUACCUUCAAGGGGCGUUUCUCCUGCUGCUACUCAAAGAACUUGCACAGCCAUGGGUGCUGGCCGUGGUUCCGAACCUCACUCUGAGGUCGAUUCCCCGGAACUUGGCUCUGUGAAAGACAAGAUUGGGAGGUUUACGUCACAACCACAACUCUUGAGGCUACGGAAUACAUCUGAGAAAGAGCGCAUGGAUACUCCAACUUCCAAGCAACGAUCUAUGCAUCAGAUCGCUGCUCAGCUUGCUGCGGAGAAAUCCGCAAUGUCACGCGAGACGACAAAAACAUACCCAGGGUUUGUCUGUUCGACGCAAGAUGUAAAUAAGAUUCAAAUUCCGCCUGUCCAAAACUCCAGAAACCAAUAUGUGGAUCUAUUAACCGGGAAUGACUAUCCUGUAGAGGGUCCGGAAACGAACAAUGAAGUGCCUCCAAGUACGUCUUCAGACGAGAAACGAUUGCCAGCUAGAACUGGGUCUAUUCAAUGGAAGCCAUUAGAGGAGACAUCUAUACCGCCAGAACCUGAACCACUGAUUGUGGUGAAACCCCGUCCUACUCCACCGGUGCCUCGAAAUACUCGCCAUGUGACUGGAAUACCAAACCCAACCCCUACAAGUGCUCCCCUCAUUCAAAGCCAAAUGUCGAGUCGCGAACCAUCACUAAGCUCCCGUUCUUCUGUUCGCUCCAAGACCUCGACUGCCUUCUCAGACGACAAUCCACCUCCCCUCCCGGCUCGACCAGGCGGGCCAUCUUUACGCAGCAGGAAUAUGAGGGACUAUCGACAACUUCUUAAUAACAAUGAGUCUCCAAGCCGGACGCUAAGCCCGAGUAUCGCGUCCAUAUAUGGGCGUUCUCAACAUAAUAGCAGCCCCAGCCUGAUAGAUAUGGACGAAGAAGCUCUUUCGAAUGCAAUAGUUGCAUCAUCGUUGGCAUCCAGCAGAUCGUCACCAACGAACAAAAUUCCUCCCCCUCCUCCGCCACAGCGCCGGCCAAGAUCUCAUUCAAUAUUAAGCAUGCACUCUGGCCAAAAUGAGCUCUCGCGGACUUCCAGCCCCUCUAGCACCUUGCGGCAGACUCUCCGCACUCCAGCCAAGUCGGACGAGGAGGAGGAUUAUCGCAGUCGACACAGAAAGCACCUCAUUCGCAAACAUCCACACAAACAUCAUGAGGGAGAUCGAAAGAGAUGGCGGAGUGAGAUUACAGAGAAGGAGCGAAAACGGUACGAGGGGGUCUGGGCCGCCAAUAAGGGGUUACUUCUGACUCCUGAUCUACUGGCAAUAGAACCGUCCAGCUAUCCUACGGCUGUCUCGGAAAUGGUUGCGAAUGUCGUGGUCCGGGACAUCUGGUCUCGAAGUCGCUUACCAGCCUCUUUCUUGGAGCAGAUAUGGAAUCUCGUCGAUGGCCAUAAGCUUGGGGCCUUGACAAAGGAAGAAUUUGUCGUUGGCAUGUGGCUGAUUGAUCAACAAUUAAAAGGACACAAACUUCCCGUCAAGGUACCGGACAGUGUGUGGGCAAGCGUGAAGCGAGUGCCUGGUAUUACACUCUCCGAGUUCAGCUUGAUCUAA